AGUAGAGCGGUUCUCGCGGAAAAUCUGCGCUAUCAUUGAUUGGCUGCCAUUCAAAUUGCCUCUGAGUGUGAGGCGAGGUGCGGGGGAAAUUCUCUUCCAGAAGAUCUGGUUAGAAGUUGUUUGCCAUUAGUGCAGCGUCGUCGUUCGAUCUGUACGUUGAUCGUCCGGUUUGUGUGAUGCUGAGGGGGUGUCGACACCGCUCGGCAAGGAAGAUUCUGAGCGCCUUUGCUGUACUCGCGCAGUUUAGUUCUAGUGCGUACGCCACCACGUCUGGACGUGCCAUCUUCGGAGUAGUUAGUGUUUUGACUUAGCAAAAGUGCAAAAAGUUCUUGUACGAAAGCGCGGCGUUGUGAAGUAAAGAGAAUUCUCAGUCUUAGUUUAUAAAGGAAUUUUAAAUUGCUCGUUUGAGUGUACCUUAAGUGAUAGUUCGUGGCGCGGAUCGCACCAACCAUACCCCGUUCUAAUUGAAUCAAUUUCUUUUCGGUGCUAUUACCGUGAGGAGUCGUGUAAUCAAGCGCCGGCUGUGUCUGCUAUUCAAAUUGGCCAGUCAUUGAAAUUGUUUCUCGACGGUGAGUUACUUGAAGAUAAUCAAAAACAAGGAGUUCCUUCGGUGUGACAUCACUUAAUUCGUUUUACUGCAUGCGAAUACGAUACUUUAAAGCCGCAAGCUAACUGUAAACUUGCGCGACGCGAGUCACGUUGUUGACGGUGUGCUGCUGCUAAUCGAAUGGCUGGAAGGGUUCGUGCUAUCGAAGCCCUAAUGAAGCUUUCUAAUUGAUGGAUUGGAACUAAGAGAAUAGGAUAGUUAAGUGCAGCGCAUUCGUUUUUAUUUCGUAAAUUAACCGUUUCGCUGGCGGGAUUGCGGAUUGCGUCAUUCGUAACGUAUCAAUAGAGUUGAGCUAGCACGUGGCAAACCUGCAAAGCAACGAGGGAACUACCAGUGUAUUGUGGUGCAUAGAGGACAAUUCCACGCGAAGUAUGGAUAUUACAUUUGACAACAUUACCUACACCGUUUCGGUGGGGAAAAAGGAUAAAAAAUCCGUCUUGAAGGGCAUCUCGGGAAAGUUCAACUCCGGUGAGCUGACAGCGAUUAUGGGACCUUCCGGGGCCGGUAAAUCUUCGCUAUUGAAUAUUCUCACCGGAUACACAAAAGCGGGCGUCAAAGGUUCACUCAACAUCGGCACCACCGUCGGAGGCAAUAAAUUGUGCAGCUAUAUCCUGCAGGAAGAUAAUCUGCAUCCGUUCUUCACUGUCCAGGAGAUAAUGACGAUGGCAUGUGAUUUGAAAAUAUCAUCACGAUGCUUGAAGCACAACGACAAACAACGAUUGAUUGACAACAUUUUGGACACUUUGCAUCUCAAGUUUACUAAGCAGACUCGAUGCGGAAAUCUCUCCGGUGGACAGAAGAAGCGUCUAUCAAUCGCGUUGGAGCUUAUCGAUAAUCCUCCGGUUCUCUUCCUGGACGAACCAACGACCGGUCUGGACAGUUCGUCCUCGCUGUACACAAUUAAACUGCUGCAGGGACUGGCCCGAGAAGGGCGCACAAUCGUGUGCACCAUCCAUCAACCAUCUGCCACGGUGUACGAGAUGUUCGAUCAUGUUUACGUGCUCGCCGAAGGGCACUGUGUCUAUCAAGGAUCAGCACUUAACACCGUACCGUAUCUGCGCUCCGUUGGGCUGCAAUGUCCCCAGUAUCACAACGCUGCCGAUUACUUGCUGGAGGUAGCGAAUAAAGAGUACGGAAAUUUCGUUAACGCCCUCUCGAAAGCGGCCGUCGAGUGCCACUGGCGUAAGCCGGAACCGUGCAUCGUUUCGGUGACUCCACCACCGCACUAUCUGGCAUAUGACAGCAAUCAUAACGGAGCGAAUGCCGUCGUGUACAACAGCACCGUCAUCGUCAGCACGGACAGCGAGAACGAUGAUGGCAGCAAACAACUUCCCCCGUACCGGAUACGGAAGCCGUCCGAGUUCACCAAACUGUUGAUCCUGAUGCGGCGAUGCAACGUUCAGCUUUACCGCGAUUGGACUGUAACCCACCUUAAGCUAUUCUUCCACGUCGUGUGUGCCAUCGUAGUCGGUUUAUUAUUCGGCGAUUCCGGAAUCAACGGCACGAAAAGUGUCUCUAACGUAGCUUCUUUCCUGGUGCAUAUACUUUAUCUGUGGUAUACAACGCUGAUGCCUGGUGUGCUUAAGUUUCCGUCCGAAAUGAAGAUUCUGCGUAAGGAAUCAUUCAACAAUUGGUACAAAAUUAGAACUUAUUUUAUAGCGACAAUGCUAACCAGUUUACCGGUUCAGAUUUUCUUCUCAGUCGUUUACAGUACGAUAGUAUUCACACUGACAUCGCAGCCCUUGGAGUCCGAUCGUUUCCUGAUGUUCCUGGCCGUAUUGGUUCUAACCACAAUCGUUGCCGACGGAUAUGGCAUCUUCCUUGGGACGUUUCUUAAUCAAAUUAAUGGAACCUUCAUCGGAGCUAUCACGACCUGCUACAUGUUGGUGUUUUGCGGUUUUCUCAUUCUGUUCAGCCACAUGUCGGAGCUGAUGAAAGCAUUAAGCUAUUCGUCAACAUUGCGGUACGGACUGGAAGGUCUGGUGCUGGCUAUGUACGAUAACGGCCGCGCUAAUUUGGUUUGUCCGGAGGAGGAAAUGUAUUGUCACUAUGUUAAGGCUUCCACGAUCUUGAAGGACCUCGGAAUGGUACCGGAGAAUUAUCUGUUUAACGUUGCGAUGCUAGCGGUUCAAUUUAUCUUCAUUAAAGUGGCCGGUUUUUGGUCUCUGAAACGAAAGCUAAAGAGCGGCUAAUGCACGGGACACGAAUCGGUUGAGCGGACUGCGGAAAGCUCCCGCAAAGGUUGCUUGCCAAAUAAUAAUUAAACUUGCCACAAAACACAAUGGGGACGUAGAUUUAUGACAGACAUUAAGUAUAGAUAUCUUAAGUAAAGGUUUAGGUGCAACAUCGGACACUGUAUGUGAAGUAUUUCCAUAUGAAACCUAUUAUUGGGGCUGGAAGAGAGCCUCCAGGGAGUGACUAUUAUUUUUAAGUCUUUGAAACGAAUUUAGGGCAGCAUGAUUCAGCGACUAGUUCAAGAUGUGAAGCAUGGAAACAAGUGCACUUACUUAUUUUUAGUAAAUUAUGACUAGCUUUAAAUUGAGAAUGUGAUAAUUGCAGUUGAUUGUACUUCAAGUAUAUACCUACACGAGUUAAAUAUACACACGGAAUUUGUACAACAUUUUAA